CAUGGGGAGGUAACGUAAACACCUUUUCGUGACAGUAGUGGGUGGAAGAGAUCUGAGGACACAUUUGAAUAUCGGUUGUCGUACUUGGUCCUUGUUUAUAAUAACUUUAUCUUAAGAAUAAGGCGGUAUCCCCUUGGAAACAAUAUGGCUAGGAAGAAGAAAGUGAAAAAGAAGCUGGAAAUAGUUUUUGAUCCCAAAAGUAGAAGAGAGUUCCUCACAGGCUUUCAUAAACGGAAAAACGAGCGAAAGAAACGUGCUAAAGAAAAGUUGGAGGAAAUGCUGAAAGAGGAACGCAAACGCAUACGACAAGAGGUCAAAGACAGUGUGAAGCAUUUGAAAAAAUCAUACGAACCUGUCCCGGAAGUUGAACACCUAAUCAAUGAAGAGGAGUACGAAAACAGUGCAGUCACAGUCAAAAUCAUGGAUCUUUCGACGGACAACGCCUCGCAGUAUAACUUCAUCGGAGAAAAUAAAGUGCGCCAAAAUCCUGAAGAAACAGAUAAUGAUGACGAGGAAUUGGAUGAUGGAGUGGAAGAUGCCGUUCCUGGGAUGAGUGUAGUGACAAAAUCGAAACCAGCUCCGAAAGAAAAAAAGGAAGUAAAGGAAAUAUCUUCAAAAAAGGAUCUUAACCGCUUAACAAAGAAAACUGCAGUGAAAUCAUUGCGAAAGAAUAAGUUGUUUAAAAUGAAGUCGAAAUUGGACAGUGCGGCGGAUAAGAAAAAAGCCAGGAAAGAAAAGAGGAAGAAGGAAAAGUUGCACGCCAAACAGCAACGGCGGAGAGGCAAAUUCAAGGGCCGAUGACAUCUUUGAUUCACCAUCUACAGCCUUGUAUCGUUCGCUAGCGGGGCUGGCUUGCAUGGAUCGGACUUACCAGUUCUGUCCGUCAUAAGUUGUGUCCAGGUGAAGUCGCAAUAUCGAUAAAUAUGCGAGUGCAAGAACCUGUCGUGAAACACUUUUCAAAGUUUUAUAUCUUGGAAUACAUAGGAAAAUUUAACGAUUUUA